UCAGCUAACGUUCUGGCUUGGCGUGGUGCGCACGCGCACGCGCUGCGUGCAUCUGCGAGGGAGCGGGCGAGCUCCUGAAGUGAUGAUGGCAACAGGGGGAGAGUAGAGGCUCAUAGAGGAAUGAGAAGUUGCCGGUGAUGGCGGAUAAACCUUCCACGCUGUUCGUGAAGCUGUUUGCCGCCGGGUUUUACGGUUUCAGCUCGUUCCUCAUCGUCGUGGUGAAUAAAAGCGUCCUCACUAACUACAGGUUUCCCUCGUCAAUAUGUGUGGGAAUAGGACAAAUGUUGGCCACAGUGGUUGUGCUGUGGGUGGGCAAGGCUGCGAGGGUGAUCACCUUCCCAGAUUUGGAUGAGAGCAUACCUCACAAGACAUUUCCUCUACCUCUCCUGUAUGUGGGAAAUCAAAUUACUGGUCUUUUUGGUACCAAAAGGCUCAAUUUGCCGAUGUUUACAGUCCUCAGGAGAUUCUCCAUUCUUUUCACGAUGCUGGCUGAGGGAUUCCUGCUGAAGAAGAAGUUCUCCAGGCCCGUCCAGCUGACAGUGUUUACAAUGAUCCUUGGGGCGUUCAUAGCCGCAAGUGCCGACUUGUCCUUUGACCUGCAAGGCUACGUCUUCAUCCUGAUGAAUGACAUCCUGACCGCGGCCAAUGGAGCCUACGUGAAGCAAAAAUUAGACGCAAAGGAGUUAGGAAAAUAUGGAUUAUUAUACUAUAAUGCAUUAUUUAUGAUCGUGCCCACUCUGCUAUUGGCUGAAGUGACAGGAGAGAUGCAAAAGGCAGCAGAGUUUGACGGCUGGUCUGAUGCGUUCUUCCUCUCCCAGUUCGUCCUCUCUUGUGUCAUGGGGUUUAUUCUCAUGUAUUCCACUGUACUAUGCACACAGUACAACUCUGCGUUGACCACCACCAUCGUGGGGUGCAUUAAGAACGUCCUGGUGACCUACAUUGGGAUGGUGUUUAGCGGAGACUACAUUUUCUCUUGGACUAACUUCAUAGGUUUGAAUAUAAGUAUUGCGGGCAGCUUGGUGUACUCGUACAUCACCCUCACCGAGGAGCAGUCCAACAAACCGAGCGACAGCACCAAGAAUGAGAUCAAGGGGAAGGUUGUCGUGUGACAGACACUGGAUUGGACGCCGGUUAGCGAGAAAACUCUAUUUUUAGUACGACUUUUAUUUAUGGGGGGGGGUCUAGCAGCAGAUUGACGGAAACGCUGGGAGUGGUUCUCCAUUUCCGCUGCGCGUCUUUAAUGGAAAAGGAGCCGCACCGUCACGCUGCUGCUAUGGCCACCAAAUCCCCCAGAGGGAUUUUGUUACAGAAUUUUUUUUAGAUAAUGUUUUCACAUGUCUUAUAUGGGAAUGUUAAGAACAAGGGAACAAUAAUAUUUAUAUUCAGAUGUUUUUAGUUGUUUUUCAAGAUGGAAACUGUUUAUUUCAGGGUUUGAACAUUUCAGAGUUCAAUCUUGGGAUUAUGUAUUGUCAUCAGCUGUUGUAAGCAUGAGCGUACUGACGCAUCACUGGGAUAAGAGUCAUGGUUAUUUAAAAGGAACCGUUCUUUUUAGAGCCUUUUCUGUUUUUCUGCUGUUUACACUUCGGUACCCUCUGAGAACAACGAAAUGCACUGACGCCGUCUGUCCCCGUCUUUAGUCUUUAACGUUUUGCAGUUUCCUAGCAGAUGCUGUUGUAAAUCUGUUACAGACUGUAAGGCAGUGAUGUGGAGAGAUGAUAUGAAAAGAUUAUUUGGAUCUUCCUCCUUCAGUAUUACAGUUUUCUGUCGUGAGGGUUCUUUCCUUGGAUUCUUAAACCCUGUCACCGGUUGUGUCGAUUGAAGAAUUUGGCAAGCAAAACCUUGUGCGGUUUUAGUUUGCGUUGUAUUUUUAUUUUUUUACAUGGUCGUCUCGCACUUUCAACAGAGGUAGCUCUCACAAAGCAGAACAAACUAAAUGUCACCUGCUGUUAUAUUUGACUGGUGAAACUUGGAGAUUAUCGUCUGAUCCAGGAAUUCAAGUUUCUGGCAUUUUAAAGUGUUAAAAGUGGAUUUGUUUUAUAUUUAUUCUGUUUUGUUAUUCUUUUUCUCUAUGUAAGAUGAGUAAUUAUUGAUGCUGAUAAAAAUUAUUUGUAGCUGGAAAAAAAAAAGUAUUUUUACAUUGAAAAAUUACCAUUAGCAUUUUCGUUUUUUUAUUUUUCUCUUUCAAUAAAAUUUUUUAUAUAAGGCUCAUUGCUAAUGAAUAUAAAUUAAUUGUUUCGAAAUGGUCUGUGCCGUUUGUCAUUAAGCACAAAUUAGGAUGCAUUUGUCUUAAAUGAGUUCAGCUUGUUUAGCGGUUGUUUUAAGUGCCGAGUCACGAUGCAGUUGGUCCAGUGGCUAACCCACCAAUCACACUCAAGUUUGGGUUUCCUCUUUUAUGAAUCCGCCUCAGGAACCUUCAACCACACUGUGGGUCACUUCUUUGGCUUCAUACAAGUUCAUAAUGAACAAAUUAGUGUGAACUCAGUUUAUUUUUUUGGUUCUACUAUUACUGCACAUUGUAGCUUAAGGGGUUGGAGGGAUUAUAAAAUGUAUUUGGUUAUAUAUGAACAAACAGCAGCUUACUGUCAAACACUGUUCACACAGUAUAAAAUAACCUGAUUCCACUUAUUCUUAUACCUGCAAAAUAUGAAACAUCAUGACAGAUUAUUAAACAAACUUAAAAAAUAUUUUAAUGAAAAAAAGUCAUGUUUAGACAGCAUGGUUAAAAAUCCCACAGAUGUGAACAGAAGGCAAAACAUCUUAACCCUACAACCUUCAUCUCACCUAUACAGCAGAUAUAAAUAUUGACACAUCAUACAUCUUUUUAUACAUUUACAUGUUUACACAAGAAAAUACAAUUUAAAACUGCUACCAGAUAACCUUG